AUGGGUAUGCUUCCGUUCUUGGACCAGCCGGUGCUGCUGCACUCUGACCGUGACCCGGGGGAGUGCACCAUGACACCGGAGCAGUGUGCUUAUAAACAUCGAUAUUGGGUGUUCUGGUAUGAAGCAGAUUAUCGCUAUGCCUUACCAACCGUGGCGUUCUUUAUGGUCGCAAUUAUUCUUUUCUCUAUUGCCCAUAUAACGGAAAGUCUCACUCCGCGGAGUGCGAAGAAGAGCUCAAUCUGGCUGCGUCCGAUAGCAUUUCUUCGAUUCCUGUCAUAUAAAAGCUGGCGUAUUGGGGGAUGGAACUCGCAGUCACUUGGUGUUUUUCUUCUUGGGGCUGCGGGACUGAUCUUUUUCCUUGCGAUGACUCUUGGGCCACACCCUUAUUACUGGCCUAAUACUAUGGAGCUCAGUUACGGCGGCUCUCCGCCCAUUGCUACGCGAGCUGGUUUCAUGGCUCUCGCGUGUAUGCCGUUCCUGAUUAUCCUCGGUGCCAAAACAAACCCGAUCACCUUGCUGACAGGCAUCUCUCAUGAAAAGCUUUUCGUUUGGCACAACUGGGUUGCUUGGGCCAUGUUCGUGCUAGCAUUGGUCCAUACCUUCCCUUUUAUUGUGUACCAUAUGUGGAUGGGCGAUAUAAGAGAACAAUGGACGAGUGGUGGUGUUUGGGUCACUGGAGUCGUUGCUCUGAUCGCGCAAGCAUGGCUGACUUUCAUGUCCAUUCCCUGGAUCCGUAACCGAUACUACGAGUUCUUCAAAGCCACCCAUUUCUUCAUGGCCAUGGUCUUCGUCAUCUUUUUCUUCAUUCACUGCGACUUCCGCAUGUCCUCAUGGGACUACUUCAUCGCUACUGGAGUACUUUACACACUCUCCUGGCUCUAUGCGCAAUGCCGAACAUGGUUCGAGCAUGGCGUUCGACACAAAGCCCGUCUCGUGGUCGAGACCGAAGAAACAUUCAAAGUCACCAUCAAUACGAAGAUGGAGUGGGGUCCAGGUCAACACGUUUUCCUGCGAUUUUUAACAUGUGGCAUGCACUCUUUGACCUCUCAUCCGUUCACAAUCUGCUCCGUCCCCCAAUAUGACGGCAAGAACCAGCUUGUCUUCUACAUCAAGCAACACGGGGGCGUAACGGGCCGCUUGAUGAGCAUAGCAAAAAAGAACCCAGACGUCCAAAUCCCAGUCCUUAUUGAUGGUCCCUACGGUGGAAUUCCGGCGGGUCAUCUGCAGGAAUUCGAUAAAUCGCUUGUCGUCGGCGGUGGUGCUGGAGCUGGAUUGACAUUAUCGAUGAUUGAAGACUUUGUUCGCUUCUCUUCUGCCCAGGAGAAGGAAAUGAAGGUUAUUGUUGCCACACGCGAUCCCGGUAUGAGGGUGUGGUACACACAAGCGUUGGAAGAUCUAGCGGCGAGACAAUCUCAACAGAAACCUGUUGCUGGUUUAUCAAUUCACAUCCAUGAGACCUCCUUGACACGCUCAAAUCAGGAGUCCGACCGGAAGGAAAUUCAGGCUGAUGAGAGUGUGAAGAUGCAGGAAGUCAAUUCCAAUGAAUGCAGCCCCUUGGCAAGUGAGAUCUUUGGCAUUCAGUUCUUCACUGGCAGACCGGAUUUACCAAAUGCCACUCGACAAAUGGCCAAUCAGGAGGGAACAUCAGUAGGUGUUAUCGUCUGUGGUCCUUCAUCCAUGACUCAUGAUGUUGGCGCUGCUUCAUCAGAGGUUCAAACCCACAUUUUGGCGAAGAAACCGGGUAAUGCACGGGAGUUAUGGUUGCAUAGAGAGAAUUUCUCAUUUUAA